AAUUAUUAGUGAGAAUAUAAUAUCAGGGGGGUCAUCACAAUUCCCACAUGAAUCACGGUGACAUUCCACGAUACUACAUAUAAGUUAUAACACAUAGUUAGCACCACCAGUUUCAUAGAAGUAACACAAGAGAGAAAUGGUGAAAGACCCAAGAAGUGGAUUUUGUAGUUCCAAUUCAAUCUUCUACAGCAAGAGAAAACCUCUCUCUCUUCCUCCAAACCACUCCUUAGAUGCCACCACUUUCAUCUCCUCACGCGCCCAUCACGGCAACAUCGCCUUCAUCGACGCCUCCACCGCCCGUCAGUUCACCUACCAACAACUCUGGCGAGCAGUUGAUUCCGUCACCUCCUCACUCUCCACCAUGGGAAUCCGAAAAGGCGACGUCAUCCUCCUCCUCUCUCCCAACUCCAUCUAUUUCCCUAUAGUCUGUCUCUCCGUCAUGUCCCUCGGUGCCAUCAUAACCACCACUAAUCCCCUCAACACAACACGCGAAAUCGCAAAACAGAUCGCCGAUUCCAAACCCGUACUUGCCUUCACAACCCCUCAACUCGUUUCCAAAAUCACCGGAGCAUCACCCUCACUCCCAGUUAUUCUCAUGGACACCGGCGGUAACUCAUCCUCAUCAUCAACAAACACACUGGAGAAAAUGAUGGAGAAGGAACCGGAGUUGAGUAGAAUGAAAGAGCGAAUCAACCAGGACGACACGGCCACUUUACUUUACUCAUCCGGAACUACUGGACCCAGCAAAGGAGUAGUUUCUUCACACAAGAAUCUCAUAGCCAUGGUUCAAAUCAUCAUGGAUAGGUUCAGUGAAUCAAAAGAGAAUCGUGGAGAAACAUUCAUAUGCACGGUUCCUAUGUUUCACAUAUACGGUCUCGCCGUGUUCGCUACAGGGCUUCUGGCAUUAGGUUCAACCAUCGUUGUUCUCUCCAAAUUCGAGAUGCAUGAUCUGCUUUCUUCCAUUCAGAAAUUCAGAGCCUCGUUCUUACCGCUGGUGCCACCCAUACUGGUUGCUAUGCUGAACAACGCCGAUGCGAUCAAUAGCAAGUACGAUUUGAGUUCCCUUCAUACGGUGCUGUCCGGUGGGGCUCCUCUGAGUAAAGAAGUUACGGAAGGGUUUAUUGAAAAGUACCGUAAUGUUAAGAUCCUUCAGGGUUAUGGUCUGACAGAAUCGUCUGGAGUUGGAUCUUCCACUGAAUCUUUGGAAGAGAGUCGUAGGUACGGCACGGCGGGGCUAGUGUCUUCUUCGACGGAGGCUAUGAUUGUCGACACUGAAACUGGUAAACCGCUACCGGUUAACCGGACCGGUGAGCUUUGGCUUCGGGGUCCCACCAUCAUGAAAGGUUAUUUUAGCAAUGAGGAGGCAACUACAUCGACUAUUAACUCAGAGGGUUGGUUAAGAACAGGAGAUGUUUGCUAUAUUGAUACUGAUGGAUUCUUGUUUGUUGUGGAUCGCUUGAAAGAGCUCAUCAAAUACAAGGGAUAUCAGGUCCCUCCAGCAGAACUAGAGGCUUUGUUACUCACUCAUCCUGACAUUUUGGAUGUUGCUGUCAUACCGUUCCCAGAUAAGGAAGUUGGGCAGUAUCCAAUGGCAUAUGUGGUAAGGAAGCCUGGAAGUAACAUAUCUCAAGCCCAAGUUAUGGAUUUUGUUGCACAACAGGUGGCUCCAUACAAAAAAAUUCGAAAAGUGGCAUUUAUAUCUUCCAUACCUAAAAAUCCAUCUGGUAAAAUUCUUCGGAAGGAUCUCAUCGCGCUUGCUUCGUCUAAACUCUGAAUGCUUUUGAGAUUGAAUAGUAUAUGUUGAGAAUAAAGGAUAGUUGAUAUUAGCGAAGUUGCUUGUGUAACUAGCAAACCUCGCUAUUGUUGUAACUAUCAAGUCUAUGAAGUCAAGUUAGUUGUAUCUGUUGUGAUUGAUUUCUACUAGGUUGUUAGAAUCUAGGUGAGAGUUAGUUAUUGAGAAUAACUAAUUGUAGUUGCUAUAAGUUGUAUGAGGCUUAACCUUGUAUGACAGAUUUUGUGUAUUUCAUUUUCAUAAUGCAAUGCAAGCUAGUCUAUACAUUUCAA